AGAAAUUAUUGUCUUUGCUUUAUUUUGAAGUAACCAGCUUAGAUGAUAUAGCCCCAAGUGAUUAAGAGCCUUUAUUUUACUUAACUUAGUAUAGAAUUCCUCCAAGCCCGGUUCGUAGCCUUGGGGGGUGAAAUAUGGCCGCGCGUGAGGCUGUGGGUUGACAGUUUAGACGACGUUCAAGCCACUGCCACCUCCCCCAUCUCGCGACAAAAUCACGUUUUCAUAUUCAAGCAUCAACGAGACUACAUGCCAAGGCCAAGAGUGAGGCCAAGAACAGCUUAUAUUGAUCGACUCGGAGGCUUCUCCAAGGAUUGAGUGGUCAGAUCGAGGGGCGCGCACUCACUGCUGGGUUUGUUUACAUCAAUUUCAUCCGCCAGCCUUGCAGUGCCAAUGUUUGUCAUGCAAAGCAGCACUCCUGAUGAGCCAUGGACUGCAUAGAUGCAGCGAACCUGGAUAAAUCCAAUCGUGACAUGGGAUCACUUGUUUCACGUCAGGAGUCGCCUCAGAACCCCAAACGGCUGGCGAGUCGGGAGAACCCACGGGCGUCGAAGCGGCAGCGGAUAGGAAUUGUUGGCUUGGACUUGGCCAAGAAACUGAAGGAGAGCAAGCUUGCUCAGAAAGAUCACCCUGCCCCCGAUAGGCUUGAAGAGCCACACUCACUCGCAAUUACUUUCAGCGGUAUCUUGGACAAGUAUGGAGACAAGCAUGAAUCUCUUAUCCCUCGUCGUCUAGAUGGUGUCCCGGUAAAGGCCCGCUGUUCUAUGCAGAUAUACCAUCCCACGAGCGAGUGCCAGAAUGGGACUUUGACAGAUAUCCACGAAGAACUUCUCCACAUCUCCCAAGAAGGCGAGAUACGCACGGCCUGGAACCCAGCAACAGGGCAUCCAGAAACCGAGAUUAACCUACCUCGAUCGUUCGUAGUUCCUAUUAGGGAGCUCUAUGUUCCCAAGCCCCCCGCCGAAAAGUUAAAGGGGCCCUCAGUCGAUUCGCCUAGCGAGAUAUCAGAUUCGGAAGAUGAUUCUGAUGAGCCUCUCGACGAGGGAGAAUAUGGCCUGGCAGAGAAGUACUUUUGCCAUGUCAGUUUUUCAACUGUUCGCAUAGGACCAUGGCCUCCAUUGGGACUUGACUGUGAGAUUUCUCAGGGUAGCCCUAUUGGCAAGCAGCUGAGGCAUGGUAUUUCUAACAAAAGGGAUCUAAAAAUGGUCACGAAGACGGAGUUGCUACCUUUGGAGUCACUAUCUAUGAAAAUGCCUCUGAAAAUCAAACUUGGACCUGAUCGUCAAACGACACAAUACCAGCUCGCGCUUGAUGCCAAAUGGGAGACGCCAGAGGUUACUCAACCGGAGAGCAAGAAACUACAAACGUCCUCCAAGCCAAAUUUUGUGUGGAAAAUUGAACUUGGCGACCAAACGCCUGCCUAUGUGCCUUCAGAGUCUAGAAUGAACGACUAUUCUUGUGGUAUUUGCCUCGCCAAACUUCGUUCAGUCAAAGCUCUCCAGCACCAUCUCCGUGCAAGUCACACUCAAUUUAAAUUCACCCUCACGAAAUCAACAAGUGACAAAAAAGAUUUUGUUAUCACAGUUUCUCAUGGAGAAUCAACAAUACUGCCCAAGGUCGACAUUCAGAUCCGCUGUAAUUCACCAGUCAGCGUUGGUUCACCAGUUAAUAACGCUACAUCAGUUGGCACAGAUGCACAAGUCAACAAAGCACCAACAACUCUAUCUCAAGUCAACACUCCAGUCAGCGUCGGUUCACCGGUCAAUAAUGCUCCAUCAGUUGACCCAGAUGCAACAGUCAACAAAGUGCCAGAAGUCGCAAUCAUGAGGAGUAUCUUUGACUUUGAAGACGACCUUUCAUCCUCAGAUAGCAUCGCAACCAAUCCCCUUCCGACACCUAAGCCACCUUUUGCGCAAAACCUUUCCAACCCUAGGCAACUACCUGCACGAGACCCUUCUAUAUCAGCUUCUGUCUCCGAGCCUCAAUCGAAGACAAGUUCACCAAAUACAACGCCGGAUGCCGUAUCUGAUUCUGAUGAGCCCAUUGAGCCACGAAAACGGACUCGAGUUCAGAACUCCCGCAGCGUCAUUGUUGACGAAGAUGACGACGAUGGAACGCCCAAGCUUGUUGUCCCCAAAACUGCGAAGCCACUAUAUGAUAUCGCUACGAAAAGGAUGCUCAAACCUGGAGAACCACUGCCACCAUCGACUGUCUGUCACGACUGGCGGAUCAGAAAACAGGAGGAAUUGAUUAACAAUAUCAGUGACAUGACCCCCGCAGAGAAGGAGUUCAUAAAUCGCUGGGACCCUUUCAUAUUUGGCCAGAAAUCAACGUCGAAGAUAUUUAUGCCCGAGAUUCUCAAGGAGUUUAUCAAGGUUAACCGUCAGUGGUUCGACGAGGAACAAUGCCGCAAGAAAGAACUACUGAAACAUCUUACUACCCUCAAAAUGAGUGGCAGGAUCGAAGAUGAGUGUCUAUGGGAAUGCCUAGAGAUGUUUCAGACCGAGCGCAUCUCUCCUCGAAAAGCAAGACAGGCCAGCAAAUUAUCUGCAAUAGCGCGCGAAGAGCGGGCAUUGAUAGAGCCGUGGGAUAGGUACGUGAAAGAUAGCAAACCAAAAUCUCUUGAAAAGUUCCUCCGUGUCUCAAAGACUUUACGAAGCGGUCGCAGCGCGCACGUAUCGAACGGUGAACCCGUCGCUAUGCUUCGACUCUUCCUUGGCUACUACGGCCGUACUUCGAGACGAGAUAUACCGGCAUUGGACAACAUUUUUUACAAGUCAAAUCUUCCACUUCCGACUACUGAGGCCGAGUCCGAGUAUGUCCGCUUUUUCAACGGCUUUGAAAAGGACUUCAAGGCGGCUCCAGAUGAGACAAAAUCCCUAGAGCAACUAAUGCUCUCCUUCAUAGGAGAUAAUACCGCGUGGUUCUUCGAGGAAAUUCAGCGCUUCCAGUGGGCCAAGAAGCACCUCCAGGAACUACAAUGGACGGAGAAGAUCACUCUGAAGAUCCGCGAGAAUAUUCUCACCUACCUAGAGACGAUGGAGAGUGCCUACCUUUCUGAUGAGGACAUGCCAGAUGCAGCUGUUGCUGAUAACCUGUCGUCAGGAUCCCAAACAGAUCCUCAUAAUAAGGGAAAGGGAAAAGAAGCCGCAGCACAUGUAAAACGCGCAUCCGCACCAUUCGUGAUCACACCCGACCCACUCAACCCGCCCCGACCACGCAAUGUUCGAGCUUUAGGCGAGUGUGAGUGUGGCGGCUACGCAAUGCCUGGUGGAUCAGUGAUGUGCGCAGCUGAAUACUGUAUAGCAAGAACCUUCCACCGCCGCUGUGUCCCGGACCCGCCACCACGGGGUAAACCCUGGUACUGCCGUGACUGUGCUGCCGAGGGGUUGGGACUGAACGUCGAAACUCAGCUGGAUCGAAUGGAUCUUUCUGCUUGAUUGCAACGACGACGGGUUUGCUUUGUUUUUGUACCUUCUGUUGGGGAAGCGUGGCGCUACUUGUAUCCGAGGGAGAUUUUCUGUAUUAUAGGCGUUUGAGGGGGAAUGAUUUUAUGAUACCAAGGUGGAUGGCUAUACGGGGCAUGAGAAGGUAUUGGGCUGUAUUAAAGUUGCUUUCAUCUAUAUGGCUGGGAUAGGAAAUGGCAUGGUGUGGCGAUUUGCUCGUACUACUGCCCGCCUAAAAUAAUUGAGAAUUGAUAG